AACAUGACGAACUACAACGCGUUACGUUCCAUUCGGGAACUACUCGCCAAGCAUGAGACCAGCCCGCCGUCCUUCACCGUGCACCUAUACCCGGAACAUUGGACGCUCAAUAACGGCUCUAAGUUUCUCUACAAUAACCCUGUUGCGUCGUUGCUGGAUGAUAUACGCGCUCAACGCAUCCCGGUGGACUUCCUCGAGCUCUUCGAGACGGCGGGAGUGCCAUUUUAUGAGGGCUGCAUGAUCGUGGAGCUCCUGGAUUACCGGCCGAUCCGGAAUCGCGAUCCUGUGUUGGAGAAGCCACUGCGAACACGCGUGGUCCUCCAACAUAAUGACGAGACUCUAUGGGCAGACCUAUGUCUACUUCAACAGCGGUCCAACUAUCAGCUCACGGAUCAGCACGUCCUCGAGCUAGAGUCGCGGGUUUUGCUUGCCACUACGCCCUCUCUGUGCUUGGAUCCAGAUCCGCACUUGGGGCGGAUCGCGAACGACAUUGCGAGAGUCUCUGCGCCGAGCGUGCCGCCGUCACUGAAGCGCAAGGCAGCCGCGCUGGAACAGGAGGAAGACGAGGCUGAGAAGACCCGACGAAUCAAGGUGACCCAAUUCAUGAACCCGAGGUUAAAUAGGGUACAUGGACCAAGCUACCGGCUGCUUGACUUCGCGCAAAGCUUUCGAAGCAGGGAACCCCCAGCCGCGCCCACCCCGCAAGUGCGAGCCCAGUCUCUGUUGCGCACGACGCCGAGUAAUGGCUCGCAAGCGCACACGCCGCUGCAGCCACCCGUCCAGCAGCCGACGACGCAGCCCAUGCAGCAGCCCCUACAGCAACCUGUGCAGCAGCCCGUACAACAACCCAUACAACAACCCAUACACCAACCCAUCCAGCAGCCCAUUCAACGACUGGUGCAGCAGCCCGUGCCGCGGCCAAUGCAACCCCCAAUGCACCAGCCCGUGCAUCCGCCCGCAAAUCAACCGUUGCAGCAGCCCGUGCCCAUGCCAGCACCGACUUCCCGCCCUGCAUCCAUCGUUCCGUCUCCUACCGUACCUCCACAGAUUAAUAAUGGUCAGAAACCGAUGGCGGUUCCGUCCGUCAAGCGCGAAGCGGUGCCUUCCCCGAUACCCAUCCUCCCUCAACGUCCGCCUUCCCGAACACCCAGUCAACUCGGCAACCAUUCCUCUCCUGCUCCCCAAUCCUUACAAUCACCUUUCAAGGCCCCCGCUCUUCUACCUACUCCAGGAGUUUCGCGGGCACCCUCAGAUCAGCCCCUUAGGAAUUCAACUCCCGCGCAGGCUAUCGUACCAUCCCCGCGUCCUCCUCCCAGCAUUCCGACGCAACCUUCUCACCCGCCACAGCCUACUCAGUUCCAAGUACCCUUCCAGGCCCCGACCCAGGGGCAACAGUAUCUCCAACAUGCGCAGGUUAACAAGAUGCAAAUUCCGAAGACGGUCACGCCGACUACGCAACCCAUGCCGCAGCAGAACGUCAAUGUACCCAUGCAACCUGCGAACCCCAUGACUCCCCAACAACAACAACAGUUGUUGGCCUACCGGCAGGCGAUCAUGAAGGCGCGAGCGACUGCAGCACAACAGCAAAUGCGCAGCAGCCCGAUGCUGCAAACCCAGGGUCACACCGUCCACACCAACGUGGCGGCUGCUAACCAGACGGCCAUGGCGACCGUCAGGUCUCCAAUGCCCGGCCCGCAACAAAUCCAGCAGAUGCAGCAGCAACAGCAGCAUCAACGCAUGCUUCAAUGGCGGCAGCUUCAGGCGCAGGCGCAGGCGCAAGGUCUUAAUCCCCAGCAGCAACAAAACAUGCUGCAACAGUUCCUUGCCGCCAACCCGGGGGCGCGUGGGACCCCUGUUCAGGGUCAGCAGUUGAAUAUGCACCAGCAGCAGCAAGCAGCCGCCUUGCUUCAGCAGCAGCAGCAGCAGCAGCAGCAGCAGCACCUCCAGCAGCAGCAGCAGCAGCACCUUCAGCAGCAGCAGCAGCAAAUCCAGCAGCAGCAGCAGCAGCAACACCAACCCCAACAUCAGGGCCAGGUUGCCAAUAAUCAGCGGAUGCUGGCGCAAUAUCAGCAGAUGAUGAACUACUCCCAGAACGGGAACGCAAACGUCGGACAGGGCAACCCCAGCUACCCCAACAGCUGGCCGAUUCAAGUCGGUGGAGUAGGACGAGGCGCUGGAGGCGUCAAUCAGCUGCAGAUGCAGGGGAUGGUGCCAGGCAGUGCCCAUGCGCAGCAGAUGGCGCUACAGGCUGGGAAAGUACCCACGACCAUGCCAGGACGAUGAUAUCCACGGGUGUUAGCUUGUAUCUUUAUUGGGAAUCACGCAGGGAACGCUUCCUCUUUCUGUUAUAUGAUAUGUUUGUACUCAUAGCCAUCUGCCACUCGCCGUCGAAUAGAGUUCUUCGUCC